CGCUUCAUCAUAAUCGCCCAUCUCCGACCGUCCGAUUCUCCGACAGCAUGUGCAAGACCUAAAGACCACGAAGACAUACCCAAAAGUAGACUAUGAAGCCUCAGGCGGCAUUGCAGAUAUGCAGUACUCAAGCAAAACUGUCGUUCGGGGCUCUGAAAUGGACCCGGCUUUCUUGAAAUAUAAUAUCUUAGAACGACUCCCUCCAGCGGCACGAGUGGGGAAUCCCCUUCUGCCCAGUUGUCAACCGACCUACUUUAUGCAACUAAGCAAGACGUGGGACAAGGGGACAAGAAGUGUGAGAGAGAAGAUUCUACAAGAGUUCGUUACCCAUAAUCGGAACAAAACGGGCCCUCAACUGGAAAGGGAGUUUAGCAAUGGAGCUAGUCUCUUUCUGACAAGGAUUUCCGCAUGGCUACGCUUGAGUUACCUUCUCGGGCAUAGCCUAUCUAUUCAACUCCAAGCGAUCAAUGUAUUCAUCUCUGCGUCCAGUGGUCAUCGUUUCCUCGCAGAGUUCUUGGAGGUUGGGGGGGUUCUCACGGUUUUAGAAAUCCUCGGACUGGCGCAAGUCAAGGAGGUAUCCACCUAUACUGUCGAAGAUUAUCGUUUGUCGCUCACGUCCUCAACUUUUCAACAGCCAGACAAGGCGGAAGCUUUGAGAGUCCUUCUCAGUGUCGCACAAGCGGGCCGAAGAUACAAGGAAUUCAUCUGCGAAAGCUAUGGUGUGCGCGCCGUCUCGGAUUGUCUUGGCAGAUCCCGCUCCGAAAUUACGCAAGACUAUGCGAGGAACCUUUUAUAUCAGCUCGGAGUGGGCAAUCCGAAAUUCCUGAUGCAAGUCUACAAGUCCUUGCUCUCUCUGCUCACCUCUCAGGGACCUCCACCCACGUCCCAGCAAAUGGCGGGGCAAGCGCUUCGGCUGUUGCUUCCCUCCAUUCAAGCGAUCCAUCCUUCGAUUGUCGAAGCUACCAUCGCAUUGCUCAAGAAUCCGCAUAUACAGAUUCAAUACGAGGGUUACGAGAUCUUACGUGAACUGCUCAAGCGGCCAGCUCUGCAAGACAUCAUCAUUACGCAGCUCAUCACGAUUCUCAAGAAUACUGUGGAAGACGUAAAGGAGGAGCUACCAGAAGAUCGCAGAAGACGGGGGAAAGGGGAUGCGGGAAAAACUACAGGAGCUUGGGGCGGGCUUGUGGCAAAAGCAGGGGACGAGAGCAAAGGACAAAGCGAAACUGUCACUGCAGGCUACAUGCAACAAGCAUAUGCUGCAAAACUCCUGGGGUAUGUGCAUCCCAGUAAAUGUGAAACAGGACGCAUCUCUAACUUUCUCAUAAAGAGUCAUCGCGGCCAUAAACCGGACUCUAGCAGAGCGUAUGAUCGAAUCGCAGGUUGUCAGUGGUCUCCUGAACGUGAUUGCGAACGUGGGACACCCGGAUAGUCAGAACUACGCAGCAAACGCUCUCAUCUUCCUGGUUGAGAACUUUGAGUACGUUGCAACUGCUCUCCGGGAGCACAUGGGUCAA